UAAAUAAAACUGACUCGUAUGAAUAUGAUUGGGACAGGUUAGAAGUGUUUACGUUUACAACAGUUCCAACUUUGUCUAAAUUCGCUCAAAAAUUUAGUCGUUAACCCAGUUAAAACUGUUUGAACUAGCCUAGGCCUAAUAAGUUAUCUUUCCAGAAAUGAUUGAAUCAUGUUCUAAACAACGCAUGCUUCUUGGGAUCAUAUGUCUUGGAGGUUUAACCAUUCUGGUGCUGGUAAUAGAAAGCAACUGGGCUGUUGGUAACGGAAGAACUAUAAGAGUAGUCGAGAAGAACGCUUCAGGAGCUGAGUUUUGUUGGUUGACUGAAAACUUCAAAGUUGUGGAGGAGUGUCACCCUUGCACAGACUUUGAAAUUGCCAGUAAAAGCAACAGAAUCUGCAGCGGAACGCAUUUCAAAGAAUCAGUUAUCUGUGAAAAGUCAGGCAAAGUGUUUCGAAGUUGUGAACGAGUGACCUGGCUAGAAGAAAAGAAGUUCUGGCAGUUUGAGGGGUUCAUGUUCAUGGUUGGCUGCUUUUCUACGGUGACGGUCUAUCUCAGACAGCGAGUGCUGGACUAUCGCACACUCAAACGUAUCCACAGACAGAUAGCCAAUAGUGUCUAACAUCCAGAAAAAUGCCAGAAGUGUUUCUCGAGGUGUGUGAGCUGAUCGGAGAAGAGGCCGAGGUCCCGGUAGAGUCCGCUGUAUGCUUGUUUCUACUCCAGUAUCUACAACAUCCCCCUGACGUGUCUGUGACACUCGUACUCACUGAGCGCACUGACCAACCCUCACUGAGUGUCAGUGUGGGACAGUCAGUGCGCUCAGUGACCCCAGACACACUACAAUGCCCAGUGUCUGACUGUUGUCUGCCUGUGUUCACUGCCGGAAGUGACAAUUGUGUGGCCGGGCUGUGCGGUGUGCUUAGACAGGUUGUGAAGCACAGUGGGGAAGAGUGGAGACACUUGCUGGGGUUUAGAGAAGGUUGUUUGUUUGCCUGCGCAGAGGUGUCAUUAUGGACAAAGUUUUGUGAAAUAGACAUUGUACAAGUCGUGAAAGACAUUUUAAAAACAGACUUCGCAGGUGAAUUUAAAAUUCCUGUACACCUGGCGAGAUUCGAGGAACACCUUAGACAACCCGUCCGUAUGCACAACCUGGGUAAAGUAAAAGUGCAGACAGAAAACAACCGAGACGUCGAACACAAAUUCGCAGAAGGCCCGACAAUGUCAUUGGCCGACUUGAUUGUUCUUCCUUGUGUUUAUAUUGUAUAUCAAACUAUGUCUGGUUUACAGUUCAGUGAAUAUUUACCGUCGGUUGUAAAGUGGUACGAGUUAGUCGUUAAUGAUCCUUUAGUGGUGAAAGGAUUGAGUUGUUUAAAGAUUCGGAGUCGCUAUACUUUAUUGAGUUUCAUUUUGCCAGAAGUUCCUCAACAGAGUCUAUACAAGAGUGACCCGAAGAGAUACAAACCGAAGUUGAGGCAGUUCACUCGGCAAGAGGAUGUUGAAGAAGCUUUGAGGUCAAUAGACGGAAUAGAUCUAGAUUUUGACUGCGACUCAUAUCCUUUUGGCCACGAGAUUGAGUUUGACUGGACAAAAACAAUGAUUGACAUUCAACCUGACGUGCCUCAUAAUCGUCUCGCAAGGAAACUACAACAGCUGGAGAAUUUGGCCAAUGCUGUCAUUAAGGUAGCGAAGCCUGGUGACAAGAUUGUAGACUUCUGCUGUGGUAGCGGACACCUUGGUGUGGUGUUGGCUUAUUGUCUACCUCAGUGUCAUGUUGUUCUACUAGACAACAAGGAACAAUCCCUAGACAGAGCCAAGGCCAAGGUACAUUCCCUCGGCCUGACCAAUGUAACAUUCAUACAGUCAAACCUGGACUACUUCAAAGGACCGUUUCAGAUCGGAGCCUCUCUACACGCAUGUGGAGUAGCUUCAGACUUAGUUAUUGAGACGAGUCUACAGAGGAAAGCAGCUUUUGUCGUGUGUCCUUGCUGUUAUGGAUCCUUGCAGAGUAACCACGUGGUGAGUUACCCACGGAGCUCGGUGUUGUCUGCGCUGCCGCUGCGUCAAUACCUGGUGUUGGGUCACUGCGCAGACCAGACUCACAAACAGACGUACGCCAAGAGUGAGCAGGGCGAGCGCUGCAUGCGACUGAUAGACUCGGACCGGUGUCUUCUAGCCAGAGAGAGAGGUUAUCGAGUGUCUCUAGCCAAGCUGAUUCCUUCCACUUGCAGUCCUAAGAAUAACCUUCUUGUUGGAAUACCAGAGUCUGUGUCUGUGUCUUAAUAAAGUAUU